CCUAAUUUUCACUGAACUUGCACUAGAAUGUAAUGUUUUUGGUGUGUGAAUGUUUUUGUUAGGUCUGAAUGAGCAGAGGGUGUCAGACUUCCAGGUUUCUCCGGAUGGAAAGUAUAUUCUCCUCUCGGGAUCCUCAGGAUAUCUCCAUCUCAUGACCACAAAGACCAGAGAGGUGAUCCGGAGCAUGAAGAUGAAUGGCAGUAUGUGCGCUGCCGCGUUCACCACAGACAGCAGCCAGAUCUUUGCCAACUCCCAGGAAGGAGAGGUGUUCAUCUGGGACGUGCAGAGCAGUAAGUGUCUGAAGAAGUUUCCAGAUGACGGCUGUGUCAGAGGAACUUCUCUUGCUCUGUCCAGGGAUGGCCUGUAUCUGGCCUGUGGGUCUCAGAGCGGUGUGGUGAACAUCUACUCGCAGCAGGACUGCCUGCAGAAGCUGGAGCCCAGACCUCUGAAGGCCAUCAUGAACCUGGUGACAGCGGCGAGCUCCCUGUGCUUCAACAGCACCUCAGAGAUCCUGUCCAUCGGAUCCAGAGAAAACGACGAGGCCAACCGACUGGUCCAUCUUCCAAGUUUUACGGUGUUCACCAAUUUUCCAGAAUUCCAAAAGAAGACUAUAUUUCAAACCCGUUGUCUGGAUUUCUCCCCGCGGAGCGGAUUCUACUCUGUGGCCAAUAAUAAAGGCCAUGCGCUGCUCUUCAGGCUUCUGCAUUACACUGACUUCUAGAGAUGAAGCACCUCGUUCCACAAAGAAAACUGCUCAGACUGAAUACAUGUUGUACCUCUGUCAGCUCCUCGGAGUUCAGCUCAAUAAACCUUUGCCACAUGACUGUGA